AUGGCGAAGACGAAGGAUGCCGCGGAGGCGUCGGACGAGGACGUCGUGGCGACGCGUAAGCGCGGAGGGCGACGGAAAAAGAUCGCGGACGAGGAAACAGCGGUGGAGAAGAAGAAGGACGACGACGACGACGACGACGUGGAGAAGAAGGCGACGAACGACGCGCGCGUGAACGGGGCUGAGGCGGAGACGGAGGCUGGGGCGAAACCGGUGGAGAAGAAGCGAAAGCUGAGCAAGAAGGCGGACGCGGCGGAGGCCGAGACGCCGGCGGAGGAGCCGGCGGAGGAAAAGAAGGGAAAGAAGCCGACGGUGGGUAGAGCGCGGGGGAAGGAGAUCGAAAAGCCGGUGAUCAAGGUGCCGUCGAGCACGUCGAAGUUGUUAGAGCUGAAGGCGGAGCUGGAAGACGGAUUGAGGGCGUACGAGGAGACGCAGGGUGAACGCGCGAGCGCGCGAGAGGAGUUGGAGCGGGCGAGAACGGCGAUGGAGGCGGCGCAGGCCAAGGUCGAUCACGCAAACUCGCAUGCAAAUCGCGUCGUUCGACGGUUGAAGCAAACGGCGAGACACAUUCAGGAACAGAGCGUGAACGCGGUGAUGUUACAGGAGACGCUGAUCACCAAGACGGUGAAAAAGGCGAGCAAAGUUCAGGAUCCGUCCCUCGUAGACUUCGCCAAGACGUGCGUGGCGGUGACGACGGAGUGGAUUGAUCUUAUUCGCACGUCUGCUGUGAACUUGUUGACGAUCAAGCCAGUGGAAGAGGUGAAAAAGGUUGUCGUGGCGAAGGAAGAGGUAGCGCCAGAGGCGGAUGUCAAGAUGGAAGACGUAGAAGAGAAACCCAUACCUGAGGCGGCUGCGAAGUCUAAGCUUCCUUCAAUUUUGGCCGAGACGUUCGCGAAGACGGCACCCGCUUCGAAACCCGUCGUGAAGGUGGCGAGCGCCGGCGGUGUGCCCAAGGAGCCCGCGCACAACGCGACGCGUCUUCGCGUCGCGAGAUACCUCGAACAGGAGCACGGACUCUCGCGAAGCGCCGCGCUCAACCUCGAGGCCGCGCUGUUCGAUCAAACCGCCGAAACCGGUAUCGCUUACAAGGGAGCGCUCAAGCGCGUCGUGGAACAACCGAAUUUGUUGUCGUCCAACGCCUCGGCUCUGGACGCCGGCAACGUGCGCCCGGCGCUCCUCCUCGCGUUUCGCGGAUGA